AUUUGACCUGUUUUUUUCUUUUCAGGUGGUACGGACAAGAGAAGGAUUACAAUGUUCUAGUCAUGGAUCUUCUGGGGCCCAGUCUGGAGGACCUCUUUAACUUCUGUUCCCGCAGAUUCACAAUGAAAACAGUGCUUAUGCUAGCAGACCAGAUGAUCAGCAGAAUCGAAUAUGUACACACAAAGAACUUCAUCCACAGAGAUAUCAAACCAGACAACUUCUUAAUGGGCAUCGGGCGCCACUGUAACAAGUGUUUAGAAUCUCCAGUGGGGAAGAGGAAAAGAAGCUUGGCUGUUAGUUCUUCUCAGGACCCAUCUUUCUCAGGAUUAAACAAGUUGUUUCUUAUUGACUUUGGUUUAGCCAAAAAAUACCGGGACAACAGGACAAGACAGCACAUACCCUACAGAGAAGACAAAAACCUGACAGGCACAGCUCGCUACGCUAGCAUCAACGCACACCUGGGCAUUGAGCAGAGUCGCCGGGAUGACAUGGAGUCUCUAGGAUACGUGCUUAUGUACUUCAACAGAACCAGCCUACCCUGGCAGGGUCUGAAGGCUGCCACGAAGAAACAGAAGUAUGAGAAGAUCAGUGAGAAGAAGAUGUCGACCCCUGUCGAGGUUUUGUGUAAGGGUUUCCCAGCAGAGUUUGCAAUGUAUCUGAAUUACUGCCGUGGGCUGCGGUUUGAGGAGGCACCUGACUACAUGUACCUGAGGCAACUGUUCCGCAUUCUCUUCAGGACCUUGAAUCACCAGUAUGACUACACGUUCGACUGGACCAUGCUGAAGCAGAAAGCGGCCCAACAAGCCGCUUCCUCAGGGGGGCAGGGGCAGCAGGUAGUAACCCCUACAGGCAAGCAAACUGACAAACCCAAGACUAACAUGAAAGGUUUCUAAGCAUUAAGACGAUGUAAUGAAGCAGAGCAGAACACUCGUAGCGGUAUUUGCCUUCUAAUCGCUCCCCGGCACCUAGGAUUUCAUUCACCGGAACCUGCCAGGCAUCGUGGCCAACCAUUUUUGUUUCGCUGUAUAAGAACUUUUUGUUUCAUAUAUUAUAUAUGUAAUGGAUAUAUAGAUAUAUUUACACCGUGUAUCUAUAUAUGAGUAUGUAUAUAUUAUAUACAUUAUACACAGAGAAAAGAGCUGGCUAUGUAAGGAGCCUUUUGAAGCUGUAGCCUUUUUCCAUUGUCCUGUUCCUAAAGACCUUGGUGUUUUGGUUUCUUUAGUCCCUUUCUCCUCCUCCUCCUCCUCCUCCUCUUCAAACUGAAAACUGUACCAAUGGUUGGCUCACAAAAGAGAACUGCGUAUGCCAAUUUUCUUUUUGAUUUCUUAUCUCUGGACUGAUCUGUUUGGAUUCCACCUCUCCCAGUCUCCUCCACACGCACACACACACAGGCACCUUAUGAGCAUUGUGUGUGCACCCCCCUCUCAGAUCUUCCUGCAGUUGGAUGUAAUAGUUUUUAAAAGCACCUUUUUUUUUUUUCCUAUUUUCCUUUUUCCAAGCCUUUUGUUUUGAAUGGAAAAGUUGUAAAACUUCUUGGAAUGGUUCGCAUCUUCAUUCAAACAGGGAGGCGCGAGGCCUUUCAGGGUGUGUGGUUGUUUUUUUUUUUUUUUUAGGGUAAACAAGACUCUGCCUGCUGAUCUGUGCUAGAAAAGAGCGUCUAAUGUGAAGAAUUAAAGUUUAAAUAAAUCAAA